AUGGCCGCCCCGAGCGAGAGAAGGCGAAUCCUGAACAGGGUUCUGAUCCAAAACCCUUUCGAUGAUGCGGAGAGGCCAGGGCUCUGGAUCUACUUGAUCUGGAUCUGUCUCACUGUCCGAAAGGAUAGACAGCCCGAUUACGAAGCCGUGGCAGAAGAGACCGGCUACCCGGUCCUCUACCUUGAGGAAGCCUUCCGGGAACUGUCACUACACGGUGACAAAGUUCGGAUUCUGGCUAAUGAGGCCAUUGCCCAGAAGGAGAAAGAGGACGCGGAGGAGAAGGAUAAGGAGAAGGAUAAGAAGGAGAAGGAUAAGGAUAAGGAGAAGGAGAAGGAGAAGGAGAAGGAGAAGGAGAAGGAAGCGGAGGCGUAA